AUGGACUCUAAUAAUUCUUCCAAUACCACCAAUGAUACAGCCAAUUGUAUUCCUCUUGUUCUUGAGGGAUACCAUUACAUUCCAUGGAUGUACACAGUGUUGGGUGCUUGCAUCCGAACCCCAUUAGAGCAAGCCUCGUUUUGGAUUGGUCUGAGUAGUAUUGGUUUUUGGCUUUUCGCAAACCUUCCUCAAAUUAUUGAAAAUUAUAGAAAAUCAAAUGCGGAUUCAUUAGCACCUGCAUUUCUUCUGCAGUGGAUUUUGGGAGACUCUUUGAAUUUAAUUGGCUCAAUUUUGGCAGAUCAAUUACCGACACAAAUAGCAACUGCAGUGUACUACGUUCUUAUGGAUUUUAUUUUAAUUGGCCAAUACAUUUAUUAUAAAAUCAAAGAAAGGAUAAAACAAAAGAAAGCAAACAAUAUUAAUAUUAAUAUUGGUUUCGACGAAAAUGGAACUAAUGGAAACGAAGUGUCAGUGACCUAUAGCGGUACAGAUGAAACUCAAUCUCUCAUUGUUCAUAAUGAUAACGGAAAUACCAACAUGAAAAGCUAUAGCAAAAUUUUAGGUGUUUCUGCUUUAUUUUUCACAGCUGGUUUAUUAUGGCUGCAAUCAUUUGGUUUCAGUAGCUCUUCCCAUCUUGUUGAAAAUAGUGUUAACAGAGUUGGAAGAAAAUUGUUAACAGUUUCUGAGGACUACAUUGACUACAAUGAUCAAUACUGGCCAAUUUAUGGAAAGGAUAUUGCUGGAUAUGUUAUUGGAUCGGUGAGCACUUGCUUAUAUCUAGGCUCUAGAGUCCCACAAAUCAUUAAGAAUUUCCGUAGAAUGUCAACUGAUGGAUUGUCUCCAAUUUUGUUUAUUUGCGCUUUCAUGGGUAAUACCACAUACGCCGCAUCUUUAUUCCUCUACAAUUCCAGCUGGCAAUUUAUUGUUUCAAGACUUCCAUGGAUAAUUGGUAGUGCAGGAGUGUUGGUCAUGGACUCGACAAUUUUGAUGCAAUUCCUGUUUUUCAAUGUGAUCCUUAAAAAGAAGAAGGAGCUCAACGAGGUCAAAUUUGAAAAGUUGGAGGAAGAAUCAGAUGUUGUGGAUGAAAAUAAAUAA